UAGAUACAACUUAUGUUUGCAUUAUCAGAUAAACACGCCUAGCCGAGUUAGAUUAUCGUCACCCGGGAGCACACAUUAUUAGUUCUGCUUCUUGUAGCCUCGUGGCACUAUAACCCGCCUCAUUAAACUAGUCAUCACAAAAAAUAUGGGCUCGUUUGUAGGACACGUUUCUCCUGGACUGCUUUUUUAAGUUUCGGAAUACUCUGGUCUAUCAAAUAUGCGUAUGCGUUACAACAGGAAAAAUAUGGCAAGGAUAGACAAAAAGGCCACUUCCAGAGUAACGGGAAAUUGAUGAGCGCGUUUAAGGCUGUGCCGUGGGAGGCAGUGAUGAAACUUUUCUACGGGUUCGGCGCUGGCUUAGCGGAGUUUCUUCAUCCGCCUGUUGUAAACGACUUCGCGAUGUUCAGAGACGGCGUACUCCAGUACCCGAAUAACUGGCAACAUUUUACCAUGUAUACAUUUUUCGCACUGAGUGGUUUGAUGGACAUCAUCAGUCAGAAAAUACUUGAGCGCCGAGCUGGGAUGUUGGAGAGUCUGUUCGUGACCCUUGCGUUCGGUGUCGAGGCACACCUGUUGCUCAAUCAUCGCCACGGGAAGAGUACGUUAGAGAACACAACGCAUCUCUUGGUUACCAUUGCAACGCUUGGCUGCGCCACGGCGAGCGCUGCGGAGAUCUGGAACCCAAAAGUGUGGCUUCUCAGGUUUAUCCGAACAGGCUGUGUAUUACAACAGGCGACUUGGUUUAUUCAUAUGGCAUACAUAAUUUACAAGCCGGUUUCCGGUAUUCCUUGGCCGAGGGAAGACCAACAUACCGUGAUGUUCCUGACAAUGGCGUUCUGCUGGCACAUGCUUCUAAAUAUCGUGAUCACGGGCAGUACUUACGGCAUUGUGUACGCUUGCUUCGGGAGUCGGUGGCGCCGUCAGUAUCGGCAGGUCACAUCAUUGGAAAUGGUAUGCACAAAACCCUCAGACUCAAAAAUAGAUAGUAAUGGUUACCGUGACUACGUAGACGACGCAGACAAACUGUUGUUAGAAAAGUCAUAAAACGAAUCUGGUGUACUGUUUUGUAUUUAUCACGUUUUAGUUCAAUAAUGCAAUCAUUGCCGUAGAAGAGCUGUUUGCAACACAAGGUCGACAGUGGUGAUCAUUAUCUCUGCAGAUUUC